UAGAUUCUCACAGCUUUGGGAAGAUUCAUCGAGGAGUUCUUGCUUCAACAGUGCUUGAACGGAACUUCUUCUCUCGUCCCUUACGGCUUAACAUUCCGCUUUAAUUUAACUUACUUAGAUUAUAUUUUUGUACGGUACUUUUGAUAAGAAAAGACGAAAAAAUCCGCCGAAAUGGAGUCCCAAAUUCGUCAGAAUUACCACCGCGACUGCGAGGCCGCCAUUAACAGGAUGGUCAACAUGGAGCUCUUUGCUUCAUACACUUACACCUCGAUGGCUUUCUUCUUUGAUCGUGACGACGUAGCCCUCCCUGGUUUCGCCCAUUUUUUCAAGGAGAACAGUCAUGAGGAGCGCGAGCACGCUGAGAAGCUGCUGGCGUUCCAGAACAAGAGGGGCGGCCGCAUUUUCCUUCAGGACAUCAAGAAACCCGACCGCGAUGAGUGGGGCAAUGGCCUGGAAGCAAUGAUUUGCGCCCUGGAACUUGAGAAGAACGUUAACCAAGCUCUCCUGGACCUGCAUAAGAUCGCCUCUGAGAAGGGCGACCCCCAUCUCUGUGACUUCCUUGAGACCCACUACCUGAACGAGCAGGUGGAGGCCAUUAAGAAGCUGGGAGACUACAUUACCAACCUCAGAAAGAUGGAUGCGGCCAACAACCGCAUGGCCGAGUACUUGUUUGACAAGCACACCCUGGGAGGGAAGAGUUAAAUCUAGUCCCAGGCUUUGGCAGUGGCCUACAAAACCACAUUUAUUUCACUGUGUCUUGUCCUGCAUUCAUUCUCGGCGUGCACAAUCUUGGCUUUAGCGAUGACCAGUGCUUGAAAUCAUAACAAUGUUCUUAAAUUCAGUGUUCAGCGUAAAGACGUGAUCUUGUGGAAGAUGUUCUCGUUGGUGUCAGCAGCAAUGGAGCUUUUGCACUGUUCUGUUAAUCUGCCUUGAAAGCUGUUCUGACUGUUUUAACUCAAAUCUGAAGAAAUAAAUAUUUUGUGCUGGA